AUGUCAUCAUCCACCCCCACCUCCAACCAGAAUCAACCGUUCAAAACCGACUCUCUCCUCCCUACUUCCCUCCCAUCCGCAACACUAGGACGAAGACGGCACAUCUCCCAGACCCAAACCAGCCAAACAGGCGAGAGCGAGAACCUAAAUACAGAAGAGAGGUUUCAGAAGGGGCUGGAUGACGAGCAUGAAAAGUGGAACGAGAGGAUAGAUAAAGAAGUUAAAGGGGUGGUUGAAGGGCUGAAAGAUCUAGUAGAGUUGGCUAAUAUCGGUCCCAACCCUUCUCCAUUACAAUCAUCGACCCUCCCCCUCCAUCUUCCCCUCCGAACAUCCUCUCUGAUUCGCUCGGCCCAGAAUCUAAGGGAUAUAGCACACGAAUUGAAAUUGUUGCUUGUACUAGGGGACGAGCAGGGUCUAGUCCAGAGGAGAGAUUAUGAGAUGGACCUGGUCAGGAAGGAAAUCCAGCGUAAGAGAGGGGAAGUGGGCAAAGAGUUAGGUGGUCUAUUGGGAUUACCACUGGAUGAGCAACAGGGAAAAGGUGAACAGCAGGAGAAGAUGGACGAUACCCCUACUGCUACUGCUACAGAUAAUGAUGGUCAGGAUGUGAUGAUGGACCAAUCUGAGAAUAUACUUCGAGAUCAGGAGAAUACAAGUGACAUUAUCACUGAAUCUCAACAGCCCUUUCCCGAAGAUACAGCACCACAACAACAACAGCAGCAUCAGCAGCAACAAGAAGAAGAAGAAGAAGAUUCAUCGCAUCCAACUAUCAAUACGAAUCCUAACGCAAAUUCCGAGUCUAUGGAGGUUGAUCAGACGAACGAAGAAGACGAUGAAGAUGAUUUCGAGGAGGUAUCAUAG